AUGAUAUAAGAGAAAACAUAUUAUAAGAAUCUAAAACAAUUUUUAAAUUCUUCACUUUAAUCGUUUUAGGUUCUCGAUAUUAAUCUGACUGAUUGUAAAAAUUAAAUCGGUGAUUAAGGUUCAUCAAGCUUAGGUUCUGGUUUAGAAAAGUGCACUAAUCUCUCAAAUUUGGCACUUCACCUUAGGUCUAAUAAAAUUGGUGCAAUUGGUGCAUUGGGCUUAAGUUCAGGUUUAUAAAAUUGCACUAAUCUCUAAAAUUUAACACUUGAUAUAAAAAAUAAUUAAAUUGGCAAUGAAGGAGCCUCAGGCUUAGGUUCCUUAGAAAAGUGCUCUAGCCUUUCAAAUUUGACACUUGACCUCAUUAAAAAUUAAAUUACUGAUGUAGGAGCCUCAGGCUUAGGUUCUGGUUUAGGAAAGUGCACUAAUCUCUCAAUUUUAACCGUUUCUCUUUGCUCUAACUAAAUUAGUGCAAUUGGUGCAUCAGGCUUAGGUUCUGGUUUAGAAAAGUGCACUAAUCUCUCAAAUUUGACUCUUAAUAUAAGGUUGAAUAAAAUUGGUGCAAUUGGUGCAUCAGGCUUAGGUUCUGCUUUAGGAAAUUGCACUAAUCUCUCAAAUCUGACACUUGAUAUAACUGGUAAUUAAAUUGGUGACGAAGGAGCAUCAGGCUUAGGUUUUGGUUUAGGAAAGUGCUCUAAUCUCAAAAAUCUGACACUUGAAAUUGGCUCUAAUAAAAUUGGUGCAAUAGGGGCAUCAGGAUUAGGUUCUGGUUUAGGAAAGUGCACUAAUCUCUCAAAUUUGACACUUGCUGUAAGCUCUAAUAAAAUUGGUGCAAUUGGGGCAUCAGGAUUAGGUUCUUGUUUAGGAAACUGCACUAAUCUCUCAAAUUUGUAGCUCUCUCUAUGUAAAAAUUAAAUUGGUGAUGAAGAUGUAUCAGGUUUAGUAUCUGGUUUAGAAAAGUGCACUAAUCUCUCAAAUUUUAUACUUGAUAUAAGUGAAAAUAAUAUUUUUGAUAAAGGAGCUUCAGGUUUAGGUUCUGGUUUAGGAAAGUGCAAUAAUCUCCUAAAUUUGACACUUGAUUUAAGUUAUAAUAAAAUUGGUGCAAUUAGUGCAUCAGGCUUAGGUUCUGGUUUAAGAAACUGCAUUAACCUCUCAAAUCUGACACUUAUACUUAGGUAUAAUUAAAUUGGUGAUGAAGGUACAUCAGGCUUAGGUUCUGGUUUAGGAAAGUGCACUAAUAUGUCAAAUUUGACACUGAAUAUAAGGGGAAAUAAUAUUGGUGCAAUUGGUGCAUCAGACUUAGGUUCAGGUUUAGGAAAGUGCACUAAUCUCUCAAAUUUGACACUUAAUAUAAUUGAUAAUUAUAUUGGUAAUGAAGGAGCAUCAGGCUUAAGUAUUGGUUUAGGAAAGUGCACUAAUCUCUAAAAAUUGACAGUUGAUAUUAGGUUAAACUAAAUAUUCAAUUAAAGAUAAUAAUUUAGAGCAAAGUGCCAUAAAUCAAAAAGGUUAGUAACCUUAAUAGCAAAUUUGUGA